AUGACAGAAACAUUUUCAUCCGUCCCUAUAGUCGACUUCGCUCGUCUAACCGACCCUGCAAGCAAGAAUGAGGAACUCUCAAAGCUACGUGACGCGAUAUUUGUGGUUGGGUUCCUCUAUUUGACCAAUACAGGAUUGGAGGAUCUCAUCCGCAAAACACAUGCAGAUCUACCAAACCUCUUCGCGUUAUCUGCGGAGACAAAGGAGAGAUGCAAUAUGAUCAACUCGCCAUCCUUCCUCGGGUAUACCCGUCUUGGUGCCGAGACCACCGCCACAAAAACGGAUCUUCGUGAGCAAUUUGACUUUGGUACCCCCGGAAUGAAGCCCUGGACGGAACAGGAUCAUUUUUGGCAGAGGCUGGAAGGUCCUAAUCAAUACCCGGAUUACUCUGGUGCCCAGAGUCUAGUCGAGGACUACCUCGCUAAGAUUGAUGGUUUAGCACAGGAGUUCGUGUGCCUUGUGGCCGAAUGUCUUUCUCUUCCGCUCGAAACAUUUGAUGGCUUCAAGGGAAACAUGAGUCGAUUGAAAUUCGUCAAAUAUCCACCUGCAGCGCAAAAUUCCCAAGGAGUUGGCCCGCAUAAGGACUCGGCGGGUCUUUUUACUUUCUUGUCCCAAGACAAUACAGGAGGGUUACAGGUGCUGAACAAAAAUGCGGAAUGGAUCGAUGUUCCACCCAUUGAGGGAAGUCUAGUCGUCAAUAUUCAACAGGGAUUCGAGGCAAUCACUGGAGGAAUUUGCGCGGCUACCACCCAUCGGGUCAUUGCACCUACUUCGAGAACGCGUUACAGCAUUCCAUUCUUCCUAGGGGUCAGACUGGAUUUGACGCUCGAGCAGCUCAAAGAAUCAGCAGCUCAUAUCGUUCAACGCAUCCCCGCCUCAGAUGACAAGAAGAAACGAGCAGUUGAUGUACCCAGUGAAUUUCUCUCGCCGUUAUACUCUUGUGGUGUAGUAGUCCAGCCUACCCAGGCAUCCGAUGUAUCUGUUGCUUUAUUGUGGGCACAGGAAUAUAAUGUUGAUGUCGCUGUUAAGGGUGGUGGCCAUUCGACUGCCGGAACGAGCUCGAGCGACGGCGGUCUGGUGAUUGAUCUGUCGCGACUCAAGGAAGUGACCGUGGAUACCGCUCGCAAAUCUAUAACUGCUCAAGGUGGCGCAACCUGGAAGGAAGUCGAUGAAGCCGGUGCAAUUCACGGCUUGGCUGCCGUCGGCGGCACUGUCAACCACACGGGUGUUGGGGGUUUGACACUGGGAGGCGGCUAUGGUUGGCUGAGCGGACAAUAUGGCCUCACUAUUGACAAUUUACUAUCUGCGACCGUGGUUUUAGCGGAUGGCCGUAUUGUUACGGCCUCUGCUACAGAGAACAUAGACUUGUUUUGGGGAUUGCGCGGCGCUGGGUACAAUUUCGGUGUUGUGGUGGACUUCACCUACCAGGCCUAUGAUCAGAAAGAUCCGGUAUACUCGGGUCUCCUUGGAUUCACACCGGACAAGCUGGAGGCAGUCAUGGAUGUACUGAACAAAUCCUUGGAAGAUCCUGACUCUCGCUUCGGGGCAAUGUGCAUAUUUACACUAGCACCAGAUGGCUCUGGGCCGAUGAUCAUUCUCAUCGGCUUUUUCAACGGCCCCCGCGAAGAAGGCAAAAGAAAGUUCGCCGACUUUACGGCUCUAGAACCAGUCCUGAAUACCCUUGAUAUGAUACCAUAUUCUGUGGUCAACACACUGCAGAAUCCACAAGCUACUUACGGCGAUCGCAAGUCUUUCAAGGGCAUUUUCUACGAACCACCAUUGGAUCCGCAGUUUGCACGGAUGAUUUUCAACGAUUUCAUGGCCAAGAUUCAGUCUGAAUCGGACCUCUCGGAUUCUGCUAUCAUACUCGAGUUUACCGACAUGCGCAAGAUUUGCGAAGUGCCGUUAGCUUCCACAUCACUUGCUAGUCGCAACCAAACGCAGAAUGGAAUUAUUUACUUAAGAUGGACUGACCCAUCAAAGGAUCUGGAGCACCGGGCAUGGGCACGCGAGGUCCAAUCUAAGUGGAAAAUUGAAUUGGAUACCCGGGCCCCCACCCAGGGGGAUGAUUCGAGCGUCCCUCAAUACAUUAACUAUGCAGAGCCGGGUGAUUCGGUUGUAUCCAACAUAUACGGUCACAAUCUCAACCGACUGCGAGAGGUGAAAAUCAAGUAUGAUCCUAAGAACGUCUUCCAUAAAAUGCACCCAAUCUCAACAGAUGCACAUGCAUAA